ACUCAGCAAUACAUAAACAGUCAGUCAGUCAGUCAGUAAGUAGUGAGUCAGGAGUCGCCAUACGCCACCUACUGUGGCCUAUACGUCACACGAAAAGAAAAGUUCUCCUUCUGCUCGCUGCUCAGGACUGCCUUCUCCAUCCAUGGAUGAGGCACGGAGAGAGUGAGAAAAGCCCACCGCUCCAACCUCCAACCUCCAACCUCCAACCUCCAACCUCCGACUAGAUCCGUUUUCAGUCGCGUCAGUGAAUGGGUGAAUAAGGGAUUCGUUUAUCGGGAGGAACUCGUCGACCGAGAGGUCACUCGGCCUCGCCAUGAUGCAGUUCGAGUCGCCCUCAUCCACCUCAGCCACGCCCUCGGAGUUGGCGGGGCGGACGCUAGCUACGUCGCACGCCCUCCACGCCCAUGUCCCGCCCAGUUUGAGUCUCCAGCCCGAGGUGAUGAGCGCCCGCUAUCCGGACUUGACCGCCACCGAACUGGACUUGUUGGUCAACAUCCGGAAGCGCAAACUCGAGCUCAUGGCCGAGAUCUCGCAGCUCAAGGACGAGUUGUGCGAGGUCAACGGCGAGAUCGAGACCACGGACACGGAGGAAGGCGUCAAGUUGAAGAACUUGCAGAUGGGCAAGAAGAAAUUCAACAUGGAUCCCAAGAAAGGCAUCGAGUUCCUCAUCCGACAGAACGUGAUUCGCCACACGCCCGAGGAGGUGGCCCAGUUCUUGUACAAGGGCGAAGGACUCAACAAGACCAUGAUCGGGGACUACUUGGGGGAGAAGAAGGACUUCAAUGAGGCCGUCUUGAAGGCCUUUGUCGAGCUACACGACUUUACCGAUCUGAUCCUGGUGCAAGCCCUCCGGCAAUUUCUGUGGAGUUUUCGCUUGCCGGGUGAGGCUCAAAAGAUCGAUCGCAUGAUGGAGAGCUUUGCCCAACGCUAUUGUCAGUUGAAUCCCGAGAUCUUCACUACCACGGACACGUGCUAUGUCCUGUCUUUCGCCAUCAUCAUGCUCAACACGAGCUUGCACAACCCCAGUGUCAAAGACAAACCCUCCGUGGAGCAAUUCAUCUCCAUGAAUCGCGGCAUCAACGACGGGGGAGAUUUACCCAGAGAAUUACUCAUUAGUCUGUAUGACAGUAUUAAAACCGAGCCCUUCAAGAUCCCCGAAGAUGACGGCAACGACCUCAUGCACACAUUUUUCAACCCGGAUCGCGAAGGCUGGUUGUGGAAACAAGGCGGACGGUACAAGAGUUGGAAACGCCGCUGGUUUAUUCUCAACGACUAUUGUCUUUACUACUUCGAGUUCACGACCGACAAAGAACCUCGUGGCAUCAUCCCCUUGGAAAACAUCCGAGUGAGAGAUGUGCCCGACCGGAAUAAGCAGCAUUGCUUCGAGCUCUUCUCCACCGGUAAUGAAGUAAUCAAGGCCUGCAAAACCGAUUCCGAGGGCAAAGUGGUCGAAGGAAAGCACACUGUUUACCGCAUGUCAGCGUCAACCGCGGAAGAGAAAGAGGAGUGGAUCAACUGUAUAGAACUGUGCAAGGAUGCUUAUCGCAAGAACAAACGGAAAACCUUCUCCGACUUAUUCACAUCCAACCCAAUUUCGUAUUUUCUCAAAUUCUGCUCACCAAUGGGAGGAGGUGGUGGAGGGGGGUGUAACAAGAUUGGGCCCACCAAGGAGAGAAGUAUCAGCCACAAUCCAUUUUAUGACAUGUUGGCCAAAAGGAAGAAGAAAGCCCAGAAACACAUGGCUAAGCCGUCUCACUGAAAGCCCAAAGCCAUCCAAGUUACGUAGCUUUACCGCGACAGCAUAAAAAAGCAAUUCUAACCAUUUAUUGAAACCUCACAAUAUAGAGUAUAUACACGCCACAAAGUUAUUUCAACCUUAUACCUUGAAGUAAAAUACGAUCAAUAAAUUCAAGUCGAUUCAUA